UGUGUUUAAGACGUCGAUGUGAAAUGUAUAUCUCUCUGUAGAAGAAAGUCACUUUCAACAAAAUUUUCAAAGCGAGAUUAAGAUAGAGUUGUCUUAAAACUACAGUCUACUGUCUACUUUUAUAAAUAUUUCUGUAAAAUUUUGCUGUAAAUAAGGAGCCUUAUAACUCGGGAAGAGAAGCGUUUCUGGAUUUUUUAUCGUAUUUUCCUUUCUUACUUCAAGAUGACGCCUACGUUCUAUUGGGUGUUCCUGUUGGCGUUGGUGGGCCGCGCCGCGAGCGUGCCGCAGCCUCUCGUGGUGGACGCCUGCGCUCUCAUCUGCAACCCCGGAGCAGAAACCGAGUCCGAACGAGAGCGGGAUGAGAAGCUAUAUCCUCGAUAUCCCAAGGUGGAUUGCAAACUCCAGUCCGACUCCGAAGAGCAUCAGGCGUGGGUUAUUGCCAGCCACUGCUUGAAACUGUGCAAUCGCGAGUUAUCAUAUGCCUCGGAAGCUAAUUGUUUCGCUAUGAGAUCAUCUCUCGGAGCGAAUUUAGGAUGUUAUUGUGAAGCUUUCACACCUUUGAGUCCGAAUACUAUGCGUCUCCAUGAAAGUUGGAGGCUCAAUUUCUUAGUGAAGGAGCUGGCGACUGACAUCCUCGACGUAAUCGCCAAUUCACCUCUCGAUAAAAUGAUUCUAUGUGAUAUUCACAAGGAGAUGCUUUCCAACAUUCAGUUGGCGAAAUUAAAGAACGGAACUUUUGAGAGUUGCUACAAUGAAACCGCCGAAUCUAGUAUCCCAGAGCCUAAGGCUGAAUCACUCAGAGUACUUCCUGUAGCAGAACCUCUUUAUAACACACAAAUUCCGAGCAAAGCGACCGAAGACUUGAAGAGUAAAGAACCUGAGGAAGAUAGAAUGCUAAAUGAUCAUCCACAUUCUAGACGUGAGCGGGAUACCCUGAAGAUACCUUAUCUGCUUACGGACGACCUGCUACAAGAUGACCAAGAAAUUUUUUCUCCCAUAGAAAAGAGAGAAGAAAAGAGAGAAGAAGAGAGAGAAGAAGAGAGAGAAGAAGAGAGAGAAGAAGAGAGAGAAGAAAAGAGAGAAGAAAAGAGAGAAAAAUCGCCAAAAAAAGAGCCGGAGAUAGAGGCCACAGAAGAUGUGAUGAAUAUCGAGAAAAAUUCUAGCGAAACAGACAAAUUUGAUACUGAAAUAUGCCAAACAUGCAAAAUUUAUUGUGCGUCUAACUUUAACGAAAAAGUUGAUAAAUUUUGUCAAUGUAAAACACUUGCCACGAGAUGUCAAAAUCUAUAAAAACCUAGAAAAAAUCAGUUAAAGAUACUCUUAAAUAUCGAGGUGAACCAAGUGAUUCUUUCCAAGCAGAUAUACAUCCUGGAUUCACAGUGAUUUAAGAUUGAAAAUUGCAGAUGAAGAUUACCAAGAUUAUAAAGAUUAUAGAGAUAAAUACUAAAAAUGGUAAACAAAAAUAAAUUGAAUUUAUAUAUCUUAUGUAGAUUAAUCGAAUUGGUAGUCCGUUAUAUUAAAAUCAAUUUUAGCAAUAAUCAGAGAAAUUUAUAAGAAAGAAAUAAUAAUUUAAAGCAUGUACAAUUAGUCAUUUAAAUUGAGUUCUCACCUGGUGACUCAAUAUUUAUAAGAAUUUUGAUAAGCUACAUAAAUGUAAAAAAUUAUUAUUCAGAAAUUGUAAUAUUUUAUAAUGCGUAAUUUUAGGAGUUGCAUAAUUUGUUAUAAAAUGUUAACAAUAAUCUUAUUCAAUAGCACUAUAUAACAAUAAUCACAACCUCAUAAUAUAAUUGAUAAUUAUUUUGUUUUUGUAAAAUAAAGAGAUUUGAUAUCUGUUAUAUACAUAUCUUUUAUAUUUGUUUAUAUUUUGUUUUUUAUAUAUAGGAUUUAUACUUUUUUAUUUUUAAUAUGUAUUUAUAUUUUUAUAUGUAUUUAUAUGUAUUUAUAUUUUUAUUAUUACUUGUGCAUAGUUAAUUUUGAUAAAAUUAAAAUAAAAAAUAAAUUAAAAUAAAAUAU